AACUUCACAUCACAUGCGCAGUGGCUUAAUAAAACCUUACCUUUAGCACAUACAGUAUUACAAUGCUUAUUCAAAUACACGCCAGCGGUUAAAUGCAUACAGUCUGACUGUGAGUGACAUUCAUUCGGGUAAUGUGACGAGGGACAACACAGACAGAAGAGUUUACGUUUUUAAAAUGACAGGCAGGAAGCAUACAACAAGCAGAAGCACGUGUAAUCAUGUCAAAGUGUUUAGGCUUCUAAAAGUGACGGGCCUGAGCUUCUUGUUAAUCUUCCUGUUUCUGUUGGUAACGGCACUCGUGAGGACCCUCACCUUUGAUACCAAUGCGGGCCUCCAGCUUGCUUUGUGGGAAAAACGGGAGCAGAUUCCUCCGCACAUCAGCCAGCUGGAGAGACAGCAGCUAAUUGCCAGAUUCAAAGAUGCGAUAAGAAUCCCCACAGUGGCUUUCUCGCAAACUCAGCUUAACACCACAGCGCUGGAGGAGUUCAGACGCUUUCUGCUCAAAGCCUUUCCUACAGUCUUCUCCUCCACCCUUGUGAAGCAUGAGGUGGUUGCGAACUACAGCCACCUGUUCACGGUGCCAGGCUCGGAGCCGUCUCUGCAGCCCUACAUGCUGCUCGCCCACAUCGAUGUGGUCCCUGCCAGCCAGGAGGGCUGGGACGCCCCUCCCUUCUCCGCCCAGGAGAUCGACGGCUUCAUCUACGGGCGAGGGACCAUCGACAACAAGCAGUCCCUCAUGGGAAUCCUCCAGGCUUUGGAGUAUUUGUUAGAGAGAGGCUACAGACCCCGACGCACGUUCUACAUUGGGUUUGGACACGAUGAAGAGGUGAACGGACUUCAAGGCGCGAUGAAUAUCGUUGCCCUCCUGAAGUCGAGGGCAGUGAAGCUGUCCUUCCUACUGGACGAGGGCUUGGCCGUGCUGGACGGGAUCAUAGAUGGUUUGCAAGGACCAGCAGCACUCAUAGGUACAAGUGAGAAGGGGCAGGGCACCGUGAAGCUGAGCGUCGCCACGGGAACCGGGCACUCCUCCAUGCCUCCGAGUGAGACGAGCAUCGGCAUCCUGGCAGCAGCAGUGUCCAGGCUGGAAAAGAACCCCAUGCCCAGACUGUUUGGAUUAGGACCAGAGCUGGGUACCUUUGAGCACCUGGCUUCCAAGUUCAGCUUACCUGUACGGUUCAUUAUGACCAAUCUUUGGCUCUUUUCCCCUGUGGUAAGCAGGGUUCUUGAAAGAAAACCUGAGUCCAACGCUUUCGUCCGGACCACCACUGCAGUUACCAUGUUCAACGCUGGAAUAAAGGUAAACGUUAUCCCACCGUAUGCAGAAGCAAUUGUGAAUUUCCGGAUCCAUUCUGCACAGUCCCUGGAAGAGGUUCUGCAGAUCGUCAGAGACACGGUGGCUGACGAGCGUGUGAAGGUGGAUCUCAUCAGUGGAUUCGACCCUCUCCCCGUCAGCUCCCACAGUGAAACAUCCUUUGGGUAUCAGGUCAUUAAGAAAACAGUGCUGGAGCUGUUCCCUCAGGUCUCUGUAGCACCAGGUAUCUGCGUGGGGAACACCGAUAGCAGACACUUUGUCGACCUGACCAAGGAGAUUUACAGGUUCGCUCCGACCUGGUUCAAACCAGGAGACACGCGCAGGUUCCACGGAAUCAACGAAAGGAUUUCUGUAAAGAACUACGAAGAGAUUGUGAUGUUCUAUUUCCGGCUGUUCCAGAACUGCGAUAUCGGGAAGCUUCCAGAACCCCAUGGCAGUGUUCACGAACUGUAGGCUGGUGAUUUGACGUGAUUUUUGACGUGUCUGUACUGUACCCAGACUGGCAACAUGUGUAAUGAUAACAAUGCUGUUGCCAUAAUGAAGAUUGAUUCAUGAAUCAUUAUACUAAUCAAGACUGUACUGCUACAGUUGCUAAGAAAUUAUCAUAUUAAUCGAUGUUCUGCAACUUGAAAAAACACCUUGAAUCAACUGUGAUCUCUCCAGUUUGCCCUCCCUGCAUCAGAAAUAGUGUGAUUCUGACACUGCGCACCAUACCUAAUGCAUUCCACGAUUCAUCUGCACAAAACCAGCCAGGUGACAGAGGCAGAGGUUUUGCAUAUGGUUUGCAUUUCAUUGUUUAAGCUUUACACUGGACAGGCAAUUUAGUUAUUUUUUUUUUUUAAGUGGGCAUGGUGUCUAUUUUAUUGAUUUAAAUAGUAGCAGAUAGUAGCUUAAUCUAAAUGUUGUCAGUUUCUUGGGAAACGCCUGACCUGCUUGCUUCCGAAAGGGUUGUUCUAUUUACAAGACAAAAAACACACAUGGUAAUGUUACAACAGUCUGGCCUCCCUGUUUUUAUUUGAGAAGGCAUUCAUGAUUUAUUUAAAGCAGUCUAGACACUAUGAGCUGCACGGGUUUGACUGCUGGAAAUGCUCCUGCUUUCUGACUACUUUCAUUGAGACCCACGAGUUCCCAGUUACUAUGCAGAUCUCUGGCAAUCUGUGUGCAUGUUAUACAGCACCUCUUCAGAACCUCUUGCUGGAUUGUGAUGAAACCAGAUGUACACAUUCUAGAACCUUUUCAGGUUUGUAGAAUCUAGCUCAUGUGACAUUUUUCUAAUCUGGCUUGUGAUGGGUUACUGUGAUGUCUUUAUCUUGGAAACCAUUUGUGCUUGAUCAGAUGGACAUAAUUCAAAACAUUUUCAGGUUAGAUUUCACUUGAUUUAAGAGCUGCAACACUAAUCGGGUAGCACUGGACACUACUACUAAAAUCUAGCAGCCAAAUUCAUUGUUAUUGGUAAGACUUUAAUUUAAAUACAGGCAGCUAGAGCAAUAUUGAAGCACUGAUUGUUAAAAGAAAAUGAAGAUGCAUUUGAUGUGAAAAUAAAAGGACAAAUCCAA